AUGAACAAUUUUGACCAACACCUAAGAAAUAUUACUGAACACGACCGCCAUCAUUAUCUCUUUGGAAAGACAUCCCAGGCCAUAGAUUAUCUAUCAAAAUAUUAUCAGAAAGACUCCUGUAUUACUUGUUAUCCGCUUCAAGAGCCUUCAUCUUACUUCAUCACUUUCUGGACGUGGUUCAGCACAUUCCAGCCGGCUAUUUUAUAUUCCCAACACACUUUAAGACGUUUUGAAAAACUUAGCAACUUUGAAAUCUAUCAAAUUCCAGACCAAUUAUUGAAUCACAUACAAAAGACCAAUCAGUUUGUUAAAGACCCUUUAGCUGACGUAUACAAUAGUGAAACCUUAGAAGAAAAUCUACAAGAUGACAAUAUGGCCCAAGACAAUAAUCAAAAUCAAGUUAUCCUUCUCAUUGACCCAGAUGAUGAUAAUUAG